AAUGGAAAGCGCUGAUCAAUUCAAAGCUGUUCAACCAUUGCAAUACUACAAGAGAUUUUUGGAUCAAAACAUUCGUCCAGAUGGGAGGCGUCUACAGGAAGCUCGAACAACAACUGUCAAUGUUAAUUUUUGCACACACGCAAACGGCUCUGCUAUGGUUCGAAUUGGUAAUACUACAGUCUGUUGCGGAGUAAAAGCAGAAAUUACAACGCCGAGUGUGACACAACCUAACGAUGGAAUAAUAGUACCAAAUGUAGAUUUACCUCCUUUAUGCUCUAGUGCUAUUCAAAGUGGUCCACCAACAGACUACGCUCAAACGUCUACAAAAUUGAUAGAUGAUAUCUUGGUCAGCUCUAACUUGAUUGAAAAAAAAGAUUUAUGUAUAGUUCCAUCAAAAUACGUCUGGGUAUUGUAUUGCGAUAUAGUCUGCUUGGAUCUAGAUGGAAAUUUAAUAGACGCUUCACUUUUAAUAAAGUUACCAGUUGUAAGUGUGAAUGAAAAAACUGGAAAAUUAGAGUACGAUCAUGCUAAAACAACGUCUUUAACUCUUCGUGACGAACCUAUAGCCACAACAUUUGCAGCGUUUGAUUCGGACGCAAUCAUCAUGGAUCCAACACUGGAAGAGGAGAAUCUCUGUAAUGGUUCAUUUACUAUCACAUUAAAUAAAGAAGAUGAUAUUUGCAGUUUAUUUAAACCAGGAGGAACUGAACUAGAUAAUCAAAAAUUGCAAAAUUGCUUAAAACAUUGUAAACGACGUGUAAAUUCCGUUAGAAGCUUAAUGCAAAAUGCUGUUUCAAGCUGA